AUGGUUCUAUUUGAGGCGUUGUAUGAUAGGCCUUGUCAAUCUCCUGUUUAUUGGACAGAGGUGGGCGAGAUAGCCACCUUGGGACCAGACAUCAUGCUUGAUAUUACAAAGAAGAUCAAGUUGAUUAGAAAGAGAUUGCUGACAUCUCAGAGCCAACAGAAAGGUUAUGCAGAUAGGCGGAGACGACUAUUAUCCUUCAAGAUGGACAAACUCCAUAAUGUUUUUUAUAUGUCGAUGCUACGGAAGUAUGAGCCGUAUCCUUCUUACGUUCUAAGUUGGGUUGAUACGGACAUGGAUGAUGAUGUUUCCUACGAGGAGGGACUAAUUCAGAUCCUUGACAUACGACCAAAGCUGUUUAGUGACAAAACAAUGCCGCUAAUGAAGGUUCUAUGGAGAUAUCACGGAGUUGAGGAGGUUACUUGGGAAUGA